CGAUGAUCAAAGAUUUAAAUUUCAGCAGUUGAUACGACUGAAAAAAAAAACUCUUUUUUCUUUAUUUCCAUUGUCAUGAGUGAGACUAUGGCUCAAAAAGUAGAUCUAACACUCGAUCAUGAGCACCGAAAACAAAGAGUAUUGAGUACAGCAGGGUCUUCUUCUUUUGAAAAAAUUGUGUCUGCUUGUACAGGUGCUAUAGUUACUAUGUCAUUUAUGAACCCUUUGGAUGUGGUAAAAACAAGACUUCAAGAAUCUUCAAAGACAGGCAUAAAUCAAUACAAAGGCACUAUGGAUGGAUUAUCCACUAUAUUCAGAAAUGAAGGUGUGCUCGCCUUAUGGAGAGGUCUUAUGCCUGGUUUGGUGAUGGCAUUACCAUCCACUGCCAUUUAUUUUGUCGGAUAUGAUCAUAUUCGAGAUUAUGCAAAGCACUCACAACUAGCCAACACAGCACUUGAUCAUUACUCACCUUUAUGGGCAGGAGGAUUAGCGAGAACCAUGGCAGCAUUAGUCGUGUCUCCCCUUGAAUUGUUUCGAACUCGAAUGCAAUCUGCUGAAGGAGUACAUGGAUUUCAAAGUGUAUGGAAUGGAGUCAGACUGAUGGUUCAUCGAGAAGGACCACAAGCAUUAUGGCGAGGAUUAUUACCGACCAUGUUGAGAGAUGUGCCAUUUUCUGGUAUUUAUUGGAUGGGAUAUGAAAAAAUCAAGCAUUAUUUACAGCAUCACCAUGACUUAUCACAUUUCCAAACCUCAUUUUUAUCGGGUGCUUCUAGUGGCAUGCUGGCUGCUGUUCUAACAACACCCUUUGAUGUUGUCAAGACACAGCGUCAAGUGAGCUCAGAUGCAGAAGAAGCAAGAUUGGGCCAUAUCCUCAAGAAUAUCUUUGCUAAAGAAGGCGCUGCUGGAUUCUUUCGAGGUGUUGUGCCUCGUGUGGUCAAAGUGGCUCCUGCUUGUGCUAUUAUGAUAUCCAGUUAUGAAAUGGGCAAACGAUUCUUUGCUGAUAACCGUAGAUUAAAGCAAAAUAAUGAUAUGUAGAUAGAUAGAUAUAGAUUAGACAUUUUAUUCAAUUCUUCUUUUUCUUUUUAG